CACUUUCAAGAUGACCGGCCCAUUCCCAUGCUUUACCUGCGGUAAGAGCUUCACGAGGAACGCGGAUUUGAACAGGCAUAACGCUCAGCACACUGGUUACAGACCAUUCGUUUGUGGAAUUUGUGGACACGAUUUCAUCCAGCGUAACGCUCUCAAGAUCCAUGAGCACACUCACUCCAGAGAUAAGCCCUGGCAUUGCGGUAUCGGUAAAUGCAAGAGCCGCUUCGGCGACCCGUCCUCCCAGAGCAGACAUCGAAGGGAGGUGCAUGGCAAGAGUCAGGGGCUCAAGUACAAGUGCCCGACGUGCGAUACCGAGAUCAAACGCAAGUCCUCGUUCAAGACUCAUCUCCGGCUGAAACACGGCCUCGUCAUGGACGGAAAGGAGAUAGACAUGUGUCUCGAUCCGGCAUGUUCUUCUCUUUCUUCGACGAGGUUGAAGUUGAAGGCGAGGGGGACGGGGGCGCGAGAUGAUGUGGAGGAUUCGAGGCCGGCGAUCGUUCUCUCGUCGGCGUCUUCAUCUUCAUCUUCCUCGUCCUCGUCUUCAUCCGCGCACAUGCACUCCUCUUCGUCCUCGUCCUCUCCGUCCUCCGCGUACAUGUCCUCGCCUUCGCCCCAGGUUCUCUCUCUGCCAUCUCCUCAGCCCCAGUACCUCUCUCUCGAACCCUCGCCCAUGUCUUCGCACCUGCACACGCCGUCGCCUGAGGCUGACCAUGGUUCCUCGCUCUUGAUGAUGCAAGACGGUCAGUGCGGUAUGAGUUUGGGUUCGGGUUCGGGUAUGAGUAUGAGCAUGGCGACGAGCGCGCUGGAUCAUGGGAUGCACGGUCCAUAUACCCAGAAUUCGCUCGGUUUCGAUGUAGCCUAUGGAAUGUACGACCCAACGAUGUAUUCUCGCACGGACGGCUUGUAUCUCCCCCUCCCCUCCGAACCCAACUUCUUCAACGCCUACCCAGACUCAGACCCUACCCACACCGACAACAAUCUGGCAGUUCCCACCGCGACUUACGGCCCCGACAUGCACCUCGGCCAGUCCAGUUCCAGUUCGACCAGCCCGUUCGACUACUACCCCCCCUCCCAGGCCGCUCAGGCUCCGGCGGGUCCGAACGAGUUCAGGGAGUCGGACUGGGUGGAUCUGAACGACGAUUAUGCCGCGCUCUCGCCGUUGCCGAUAUUCUCGUUGACCGAGGAUGGAGCGAGCCCGAGUUCGAGUGGUUCGAGCUCGUUAUAUUCGACGCCGGGGCCGGUGACGCCCAAGAGGCUUGCUUCGCCGUUGAAUUUGCCGGGGUCGCCAGCGAGGUGCUCGACUCCGACGCCUGGGUAUGGGGCGGGGAGGUGGGCUUGAGUUUGGUGGGAGGAGGAGGGUGUAGGUUCUAAUGACUCUGGACGAACGACAUGGUUCCUCUUUUCUCCCUUCUUUUUCUUCUUACUCAUCUAUACACAUCUAUACACAUAUCAUCUCUCUCAGCUCCCAUCUCUCAUCUAUAUACAUCUCAUCUUCCUCAUCGUUUCCUCUCAUCUCUAAACAUCACAUCUCACUCAUCGUUUCCUCUCGUCUCAUCGUCUCCUUCGAUUCGAUUCGAUAUUGUAGCCUAUUAUCAUGCCGGGUUUCAUGACCUUUCUCGUACUCGUACCACCCACCCACCACUAGUAUUUCUACCCGCAUCUCUAGCUCCACUGUUUCCAUACGUCUGCGCAGACAUUCCCCCCCCUCUUUAUGUUUUUAUCUUCCCCUCCACUAAUUCAUCACCCCAGUGUAUCGAUACCCAUAC